GGAAAAUAUAGCACCAGUGAGUAGCAGUUGUGAACUCUGGGACUGCAAAACGAGUCCGCUAUUUGUGGACUCUUAUCUUAGCCAAAAUGAAUAUCAAUCUAUUAGGACUAGGAGUACUCAAAACCAAGUAGAAAGUGUUGAGGAGAAGCUCAUCAGUCAUCAAAAAAGAAAAAUGGAAUUGGAGGUACGAUUAAUGCCGGGAGUAGAAAACUGCCAUGUUUCACUCCCACUCUCUCUCCUACAAACUCUCGAAUCCUCUCAUUCCGAUCACCUCCUUCCUCAUUUUCUUCCUCUUCAGCUCCGUUCUCUCUCCGAUGAUCGUCUUUGGCAUCUCGCUUGGUGUGGUUCUUCCUCUUCGUCUUCUGCUAUUGAGAUAGCUCAAGAGUUUGCUGAUUGUAUUGGUCUUUUGGAUGGUACACGUGUUCAAGUUCGAGCUCUUACAAAUGUUCCCAAGGCUAGCCUUGUCACAAUUGAACCCGUUACUGAAGAUGACUGGGAAGUUGUUGAACUCAAUGCUCAAGUUGCUGAGGCUGCUAUCUUGAAUCAGGUACGGAUUAUACAAGGAAAGAUGACAUUCCCUUUGUGGUUACAUGGCCAUCGAAUUGUUACUUUUACAGUGGUCUCGAUAUUGCCUGAUAAAAACGUGGUGCAACUUGUUCCAGGAACUGAAGUUGCUGUUGCCCCAAAGAGGCGUAAAAAGUUGUGUGAUGAGUGUAAAGAUGACAAAUUGAAAUCUUCACGGAAGGCACUUCUGCGUAUUCAAGAUCCAAAAGAGAGGUUGAUUUAUGAAAGCCAUUUAAGAGGAAGGAAUGUGGGAAUUGAGCUUUCAUCUAUUGCUCUAAUUCAUCCUGAAACAGCCAAUAAACUUUUGUUUGAUUCACUUAAUGUAGUUGUUAUAAUGCCUAGAUUGCCUUCUAAGAUGAAAGUGGAAAAUCCUGGAAGUAAUACGAUGAGUAAGCAGUUAUCCUCUUCUGCGAAGGUGCUCAGUGGUAAACAUUUGACUGAUGAGAAUGAUUCUCGCUAUGCAAUAGUUCAUCUUGUGUUGACUGAGUCGGUUGCUAAAGGACAUCUAAUGCUUUCUCAAUCAUUGUGUCGCUAUCUGCGAGUAAGAUUUCACUCAUGGGUUUAUAUGCAAAGGUACGCGUAUGAUCUAAAGAAAGAUGCUCCUCCAGUUUCACUCAGCCCUUGUCAGUUUGUGAUGUUGCAUACUAGUCAGGGCCCUCAAAACAAAGGUGCAGAAGUGCUUGAUGACAAUUUUAAUCUAAAAGAUAAAAUAUCAGUUUAUCAGCUGACUCAAGACACCAGUGCUCCAAAUUUCUCAUCAAAAGAAGAGCUUUUCUCCAUUCUUUUCAAAGGAUCAAUUGAUACCUCAAAUGAGGAGCUUGAUUUUCCUUCCAAUGCUAAAGAGAGGUUAUUGGGCCUCCUUCACUCAUGGAUAUCGGCUCAGUUACAUUCUAUCACUUCAAUGACCGGAGUAACAACUACUUCGUUGGUUUUGGGUCCUACAACUUUUCUCCUCUUCAAAUGGACAACUAAUUGUCUGCCUGAUGCUAAAUGGAAGUCAUCAAAGUACUCCAUCAAGGAUGCAAGCAUGACCGUGGAAUCUGUAAAUGAGAUGUUGUAUGUGUUAAAUGUUUCCGGUGAAUAUUUGAUUGGUCAAAAAUACCGUGCUUACAAGCUAGCAAUAAAAGAUGAGAUUACUAGUGUUGUUGAUGCUCUGAGGCCAUUUUCUGAAAAUCUGAGUAUCGGUGCUUUUGUGUCUUAUGAUACUUGCAAAGAGCGUUCCUUCAAUCAGAUCACCGCUUCUUCAAUCACUUCUUUGAGUUGGAUGGGUACUGUAGUAUCUGAUGUCAUUAAUAGGCUAACGUUGCUGUUAUCUCCUUCCUGUGGCACCUGGUUCAGUGAACUCAACCUUCCAUUACCUGGUCAUAUUAUAGUAUAUGGUCCUCCGGGUUCUGGAAAAACAGUUUUAGCUUCAGCUGCUGCAAAAUCCCUGGAGAGAAAUGAAGACAUUCUGGUCCACACUGUUUUUGUACCUUGCUCAACAUUGGCUGUAGAAAAGGUCACAUCAAUUCGUCAAAUGCUAUGUGACUAUUUAACAGAUGCCCUGGAUAAUUCACCUUCUCUCGUCAUAUUCGAUGAUCUUGAUAGCAUUAUUUCUUCCUCAAGUGAUGCUGAAGGAUCUCAACCAUCUGCCUCUGUCGUUGCGCUUACAGAAUUUAUCACUGGGGUCAUGGAUGAAUACGAGGAAAAGAGCAAGCAGACAUGUGGCCUUGGUCCUAUAGCUUUCAUAGCUUGUGUUCGUGAUCUUGAUAGCAUACCUCGAUCAUUAACAUCCUCCGGGAGAUUUGAUUUUCAUAUACAGCUUCCUGUUCCUUCUACCUCAGAACGUCUGGCUAUCUUGAAGCAUGAAAUAAAAAAACGGUCCUUACAAUGCUCAGAGGAUGUCUUGCUAGAUGUAGCCUCGAAAUGUGAUGGAUAUGAUGCAUAUGAUCUGGGCAUAUUAGUUGACAGGAGUGUUCAUGCAGCUAUUUAUCGAUUUUUGCCUUCUCAUGAGGUUGAAAGUGUAAACCCAAGCUUAAAUGCGGAUGAUUUUUCUCUAGCUAAGAAAGAUUUCCUUCCAGUUUCCAUGCGUGAUCUUACCAAGUCUGCAUCUGAAGGUGGUCGCAUGGGUUGGGAAGACAUUGGUGGUCUCAAUGAUGUUCGCAAUGUUGUCAAAGAGAUGAUCGAACUACCUUCAAAGUUUCCAAAUAUUUUUGGCAAAUCUCCUUUAAGGAUGCGAUCAAAUGUUCUACUAUAUGGACCUCCUGGCUGUGGAAAGACUCAUUUUGUUGGGGCUGCUGCUGCUGCUUCUUCUCUCCGAUUUAUAUCGAUAAAGGGGCCUGAACUACUGAAUAAAUACAUUGGUGCAUCUGAACAAGCUGUUCGAGAUGUAUUCUCCAAAGCAGCAGCAGCUGCUCCUUGCCUUCUUUUCUUUGAUGAGUUUGACUCCAUUGCCCCUAAGAGAGGACAUGAUAACACUGGAGUCACCGAUCGUGUUGUUAAUCAGUUCUUAACUGAGUUAGAUGGUGUAGAAGUUUUAUCUGGUGUAUUUGUUUUUGCAGCAACAAGUAGACCUGAUUUACUCGAUGCUGCAUUGCUACGGCCUGGUCGACUGGACCGUCUCCUUUUUUGCGACUUUCCUUCUUCACAUGACAGAUUGGAUAUACUUAGAGUUCUCUCUAGAAAGCUACCCUUGGCAGAUGAUGUUGACUUGGAUGCUAUAGCAUAUAUAACUGAUGGAUUUAGUGGUGCGGAUCUCCAAGCUCUUCUAUCAGAUGCUCAAUUAGCUGCAGUUCAGGAGCUUCUUGAUAGCGGAUAUGACGGCAAGUCUGGGAAAUCACCUGUAAUUACAAAUAAACUUUUAAAGUCGAUUGCUUCCAAGGCUAAACCAUCAGUGUCAGAGUCAGAGAAACAAAGACUUUAUGUCAUUUAUAACCAAUUCUUGGAUGCUAAAAGAUCUACGGCUGCACAGUCUAGGGAUGCAAAAGGCAAAAGAGCAACAUUGGCGUGAUGAAAAGACUUGCUUCAUUAUAAACUACAUACCACUGAAGCCAGAAGCGACAUAUGGUUUGUUUUGUAAAGGAUCAUUCUCUUGAUUCGUUGACGUCACCUUUGUGUACUUUUUCCACAAUCCUUUUCCCCUCCCUCCUUUUAGGGGAUUGUGAUUUGGGUUAAAUUAAUCCAAAGUGUACGUUUCAAUGUUUUUUUUUUUUUUGGUCAUAGCUCAGGUGUGUGUCUCAUUUUCAUGUUAAUGAAAAAUUGUGGCUUCAUCUGAAAAGUGCAAGCUUCGAAUGAACUUUAUAGAUGAAGUUCUUUUGUAGUGUCAAAUUUUUUAAGACAAACGUCAAAAGCUCAAUAUUUAAAUAAAUAUUAAGGACAAUUACAUAAACCAAUAAAUUAAUAUAAAAUGCCCAUCUACAUGAUUUUUU